AUGAGAGUCUAUACGAAGAAUUUGUUAUUUGCGACUUCCGUAGUGGUCACACUUCGUUUGUUAUAUAUGAUUGGAAACCGACCAUGGAUGCGAAUAAAUCAGUGUGAGAUGACUUAUAUGUAUCGUGUUAUGAACUUCAUGCGCAUUAAUAUUGGUCUCACAAAAUUGAAGCAUGAUCAAACCGAAGAUAUUAAAUAUCUGUUUUCGAAUGAUUUUAGUGGUUACUCGACGAUUUUAUAUGGUGAAGGGGAAUAUGCUCGCAAUUACAUGAGAACCAGACAGGUUAGUGGAAUUCCUAUCAUUUUUGUUCCUGGCAGUGCUGGUUCUUCCAAGCAAGUUCGUUCUCUAGGGUCAAUACUCCACAAUAAGACCGAGAGUAGGAAUUUACCGUUCACAUUCGAUGUCUUUGCCAUUGAUUUUAACGAGGAGUUGUCAGGUCUGUCUGGUAUGUAUUUGGAACGGCAAAUCAAAUAUCUCGAUUUGGUGGUAAGACAUAUAUGGACCAUGUAUUCACCCCCACCUCAUGGUAUCAUAUUUGUUGGUCAUUCAAUGGGUGGUAUUGUUAUACGAUCGCUGUUGCAUAACAUUCGUUUCGAUCCUAGCCGAAUUGCAUUUAUUGUAACUUUGGGGACACCGCACAAAAAUGCACCAAUGGUUUUUGAUUGGUAUUUGGAAAAUAUUUAUGACCGAAUGCAUAAGAAUUGGAGAGAGCAUGAAAAAGAAUUGGCCAGUCUCUUAGUCUUAUCAGUUUCGGGUGGUUUGAAAGAUCAUCUUGUGCCAGAACAUUUUACUCUUGAUAAUGGUAUUCGCCAUAUUUCGACUACCGCUAUUGAUGGCAUUGAACUAGAGACCGAUCAUCUUUGUAUUGUUUGGUGUAACCAGUUGCUUAGGUAUAUCUCCCGCCUGGUGGUUGAAUAUGCUUACGAUCCAAUUUCGUUUCAAAAACAUGCUGAUAACGUUGUUAAGCAACUUUUUGAUGCUGAUGGGCUUCUUCGGGAGCUAACACGUAUGAAAGUUGGUACAAGCACUGCGAUUGUCAUCAGGAAUGAUUUGAUCUUUGUAAAAAAUAAUGGUGGAGAUUUAAAAGAAUUCGUCCUAUCAUUUCCAAAGAACAGCUGGUUGUUCAUUGAAAGAAGUAUUGGGAGUUCGUUGUGGACAUCAUCCGGAGAACCUAUUUAUAAUUUGAACAGUUUGCGACAAACGUUUUACACACUUGUUCAUUCAAAUGUUACAGAACAGAUUUCGGUAGAUCUGAAACCUGGAAAGUUUUUUAAAGCCGUUGCACUUCAAGAGGAUCCUGCAAAGUUUAACUCUGUUGUGCAUAUUGAAUUACUGUCACUACUGAAAGGUUGCUUCACAUUUUUAUGGGAAGCCGACUUUGAAGAGCGUGAAUCUGCUGUGUUAUUGCCAGUUUAUUUCGGAACUCCAGUUAUUGCCAUUGUUAUAUCAAUUGAAUUAGAAUCAUGUAUGCGUACAAAUGAAUGGUUCGCAAAAGUUGAGUUCCGAGGUCAGGAUCUACGACGUAUAAGCAGUCUUGGUUCAAAUAAGGAACUUCAUGUAAUUGGGCAUUUGCUUAGUAAGGAAGAAACAAAAGCGGAAAUAUUUUUCAUAUUAAGUCAACGCUGCCGCUUCCAUGCACGCCUGGAUAUCAGUUAUUUAGAUACUAUGAUUGUGAAACUAACAGAUUUAUUUAUUCGACUAAUGAAGAACAGGUAUUCAGAAAGAUCUGUGAAAUCGACAUGUUUUGACUUGAAUGGAUUGGCAGUUGUUGCAAUAUCAUUAUUUAUAAAUUAUUCAUACAAUGGUUUUUUUGCGUUGUUAAUAGUCGUCCUGUCCAGUUUACUGCAACUUCUGAAGACAGCGAUUUCUUUAAAGACUGUUAGUCUUUCUAGUUUCUCGCAACCAGUUAUAUUGGUUAUUUUUCAUUUUUAUGCAAUUUUGGUUUAUGCUCCAUUUGGUGUGUGUUCAAUAUGGAAUAUAAUUAGUUAUGGUUUAUUUGCUGUUUAUGAAGAUCCAGCUCGUGUCCCAGCAUACUGGAUGGCUUUCUUGAAGCUUAUUCGACUUUCGGUGGGCAAAAUCCACUUCUUCAAAGCACAUUACAUUUCUGUAGCUGUUUUAAUGUAUACCUUCCUCACCCAACCGUCUACAUGUAUUGAGCAGCUGGGAUUUUCAUUCAUUGCAAUAAUUGGACUCAGUUGGUUUGUGACUCAGAGCGAAAAAAAGUCAAAAGAGGAGCAUUAG